AUGUCCGAAGCUUGUUGCACCUGCGCCACACUGCUGUCCUCGAUACCACCAACCUACGAUGAGAAGACCGAGAAACCGACGCAGUACGAGCGCCGCCUCGAAUGCUGCGGGCGCGCCAUUUGCGCAAGAUGUAUAACCGAUAACCCGCGCUUUGCAACCUAUUGCCCUUUCUGUCAGGUAUCCAUCGUACCGACUCCGCUGCCUCAAGGUCUGCGAGACCCUCCUGCAUACUCGCCACCAACUGGAGUGCGAGCAGACGACGAACCAUCGCCGUAUUCAGCGCAUAACUCUUUACAACCGCUGCCAGAGAAGGCAAAAGGUGGGGAUGGAGAGGACGCGCCGGACGUCCUACAUUUUGUGGAUCCCAAAGACGACACCAUAGCCUCCCUUUCCCUCCGAUACGGUGUACCCGCCGAUGCUCUGCGAAGAAUCAACGGGCUGUACGCAGACCAUCUCCUAGCGGCGCGUAGAACAGUGUUGAUUCCGGGCGAGCAUUACAAGGGCGGCGUGAGUCUAAGUCCAAGGCCCAUAGAAGGCGAAGAGGAGGAGAUACGGAAAGGAAAGGUCAGGAAGUUUAUGGUGGCCUGCAAAGUGGCAGAAUACGAUAUAGCAUUAUUGUACUUGCAGCAAGCAGACUACCACCUUGACCAAGCGAUCGCGGCGUACGAAGCUGAUGAAGGGUGGGAACAAGAGCAUCCGCUUGAGGCAGCGAGGAAAGGAAAGGCCAAGGCUGCACAAACAUCCGGGCGACGGAAAUGGGGCUUUGGCGGCAGCGGGGGCGGUUUGACAGGCCAAAUAUCUUGA